AAUUUAAAAUUAAACAAGCCGCCAAAUCCAAAGAAGAAAAGUCAACCCGCACUGCUCGUUGGAUCUUGGUCAGUGUUUAUUUUGUGAAGUAUCAUCGCGAAUUGUGACAUUGAGUUAACGCCAAAAGGUUACGGCUUCAUUCAGCCGAUAUCGGAUUCGCGUCACCUUUGGGACGUUUUCCGGCGAUUGAAACACUCCACUCUGACCGACUGUAUCCACAAUGCGUUCUUCCCUUUCGGAGAUUUGUGGAUUCCACAGAGCUCUCUGAAGCAAAUGUCCAAUCGGAAUCUGUGCUUCAGUCUCUAAGAGCUUCAAGCCCCGCCUCUUCAGGUGAAGACAUGAAGACAGAACCUGUGAUGGACAGCACAGAUUACACAGGGCUGGAGCUCAGAUCCUGUCUGAUUAAAAGUGAAGACGCAGAGGAGAGUAUAGAGGGGAAGAAUGGAUGUGGGAUGAGCAGGGAGGAAGAACUCAUUCUCUCCAACAUAAAGGAAGAGGAGAAGGAGGAAGGUGGGGAGAGGCAGAGGGAGGAGGUGAAGACAGAGGAUGGAGUGAAAGAUGAAGAGGUUGCGGGAUAUGAAUGGAAAGAAGAAAAAGUGCUGAAACAAGAUGAACGACCAGACUGCAAGGAACAAGAAGAUGAGGGCUUGUCCCCGAAAUUCACUUCCUGUCUGAUCAAACAGCCGAGAGUGCCCUCCCCUGGGUCUCCUGUCAUCUCCUGCAGUACAGGUAAUACAGGGCAGUCUGAGGUGUUUGCCUGCUCCCAGUGCCCAUUCGCUCACCUGGAAGACGUGAAGCUUCACCGGCACGUUGAGAAGGUGCACCCAGAGGAGCACAGCAGGGUUCUGAGAUCUGGAGGAAACGGAGAAGAGAAGCCACUGCUUCCCAGCAGCACACAUCAGCACCCCACACCCCCUAAAGCGCUCCCCACCCCAACACAGGCUCACACAGGCACUGCAGGGGCCCUCACCUGCUCCCACUGUGGGAAGAGCUUCAGAUCAAAAUCACGCUUGACAACACAUGAGCGAAUUCAUACAGGAGAGAGACCCUACCACUGCUCCCAGUGUGGGAAGGGCUUCAUAUCUAAAUCACACUUGGCAACACAUGAGCAAACUCAUACAGGAGAGUGCCCAAACCACUGCUCCCAGUGUGGGAAGAGCUUCCAAUCAAAAUUAGGCCUGAAAACGCACAAGUGUGCCCAUACAGGAGAAUACCCGUACCACUGCUCCCACUGUGGGAAGGGCUUCAGAUCAAAAUCCUGCCUGACGGUACACCAGCGAACUCAUACCGGAGAGCGCCCAUUCCACUGCUCCCAGUGUGGGAAGAGCUUCACUCAGUCUAGUGGUCUGAGAGCACACCAACGCGUUCAUACAGAAGAGCGUCCAUUCCACUGCUCCCAGUGUGGGAAGAGCUUCAGGUCUGCAUCACACUUGAGAGGCCAUGCUCAAAUUCAUACACAAGAGCUCCCUUACAUCUGCUGUCAGUGUGGGAAGAGCUUCAGGGAUAAAUCAAACCUGACAAAACAUGAAGAAACACACAUAGGAGAGCACGCAUAUCACUGCUCCCAGUGUGGGAAGAGCUUCAGUCAGUCUAGUAGUCUGAGAGUACACCAGCGCAUUCAUACAGAAGAGGGCCCAUACCGCAGAUUCCACAGAGGGCAUUACCCAUUCUGCUGCUUCCAGUGCGGGAUGGGCUUCACUGAGUCUUCCGCUUUGAUUGAGCACCAGCAAAACUGUACAGAAGAGUUCCCACCCCUCAGCUCCUAGAAUGGAAAGGUCUUCACUCAACACAGCUCAGUCCAGCCAGCUGAUGCCCCAUCAGUGAUAUUGCAUAGGGGAGCUCAGUCACACCGCUCAAGACCCAUCAGUGAUAUUGCAUAGGGGACUCAUAAAGGAGUUGAAGGUGUUAUUAAAAACACUGUGAAAGUAUCAAAAAGUCCCCGAAUAAAUCCACAGAAUCUGUAUGAAGAAAAUGUGCAUUUACGCAAACCUUUUGAAAUUCCGUGCAGUUGUGACAUCACUACAAUACGCGUGUUCACUUCGGCACAGCCCACCAGUAAGUUAGUUGAAGACACAGUCACUAAAGCAGCCUGUUCUUGGUAAAGCUCACGAGAGGUGCUGGAGAAUGGGCAUGUAAAACUGGAUAGAGAUCGUUUUUGGUACUUCUUCUUAUGGAUAUCAGGACCUAAAAUAAAACGCUGGGAAAUAAACAGUAUGUGAACUUAGAGACAGGAAAAAGGUGGGUUGUGUUGCCAUUGGUUUUGGAGCCUGAAAUAAUUACUUUUUAUUUUUUCUGGUGGUUCCGUGGUUGUGUGCAUUUAGCUUGUUUCCAGUUGUUCCUGCUGUGCUCAGAGUGGAAGCAUUGGCAAGGUCUUCUCUUCUGGUAAUCUCAAAUUCAUCUCUGGUUUCAUAUCUCCUGUUUUUUUAAAUUAGAAGUUGUGAUCCUAUGUUCAAUAAAGAACGUUUGAUUUCAACGAAUCAUUCUA